AUGCCGGAAUCAGACCUCAACAGACAACUACAACAGAGUAAACAGCAAAAGAGCAGGAACAACCGGGUGGCAGACCAGUAUGCGCGAUAUCUAGAGAGGGCCAUCACUGCCAUCUCCACAUCUUCCACAGACACACAGCUGGUCACGAAAAUCACACAGAUACAUACCGAUAGAGACAAGAUAGACCAUCAAAGGCAAUUGCUUCUUAAGCUGGAAACAAAAACUUGCGCGAGAUAUCAAGAGCUAGAGAAGAGUGUGGAUCGAUCAAAGAGACAUCUGGUGAGGCGCUCCAUUGUGGAGAUGGACAAAACAACGGGUAAGCCCCAGAAUAUUCUACAGCAAAGAACCGAGUUGUUGGACCAGAAAAUACGAACUCUUGAGAAUUGCAUCAAACUUGUCGAGGAAGAAACGCCGAUAGUGCCAGAAGGAAAUGGGGCCAAGACAAAUGGGGUUGCCUUCAGAUAG